CCCGGGGUGCCUCUGCUGCGCGCCUCGCUCGCCGCCUUCGGGAGAUCAGAGCUCAGCGGCCCGACGGACGGAUGCUGGCUAUGCGGGCGGGCGACUGAGCAGGAGCGGAUGCAAUCUCCCACUCCAGGAUGAAUGAAUGCUACUAUGAUAAACGCAUGGACUUUUUUUACAACAGGAGUAAGACACACACAGCAGACGAGUGGUCGGGGACAACUCUUGUCAUUGUUUUAUGCUUUGGGACUUUCUUCUGCCUCUUCAUUUUCCUCUCAAAUUCACUGGUCAUAGCUGCUGUGGUCAAAAACAAGAAAUUCCACUUCCCUUUCUACUAUUUGCUUGCCAAUCUAGCUGCUGCAGACUUUUUUGCUGGCAUUGCUUAUGUAUUCUUGAUGUUCAACACUGGUCCAGUAUCCAAAACAUUAACUGUUAACCGGUGGUUUUUGCGCCAAGGACUUCUGGACACCAGCCUGACUGCUUCUCUGGCCAAUUUACUAGUAAUAGCUGUUGAGCGGCACAUGUCGGUGGUGCGGAUGAGUGUUCACAGUAACCUCACAAAAAAGAGAGUCACCCUUUUCAUUUUGUUGAUAUGGGCCGUAGCUAUUUUCAUGGGUGCAGUGCCCACAUUGGGCUGGAACUGCCUCUGUGACAUUUCAACAUGUUCUUCCUUGGCACCUAUUUACAGCAGGAGUUACCUGAUAUUCUGGACAGUUUCCAAUCUUGGGGUUUUCUUCAUCAUGGUGGUGGUGUACAUCAGAAUCUACAUGUACGUCCAAAGGAAAACAAAUGUUUUAUCUCCUCAUACCAGUGGAUCCAUGAGCCGCAGAAGGACUCCGAUGAAGCUUAUGAAGACUGUUAUGGCUGUGUUAGGUGCCUUCGUAGUUUGCUGGACUCCUGGCCUUGUAGUUUUGCUCCUUGAUGGCUUGAAUUGCACUCGCUGUGAGGUUCAGAAUGUAAAGAGGUGGUUCCUUCUCUUGGCUCUACUGAACUCUGUCAUGAAUCCAAUUAUUUACUCUUACAAAGAUGAUGAGAUGUCGAGCACCAUGAGGCGCCUGAUCUGCUGCCUAACAGAGGAGAAGAACCAUGAGCGACGUUCUUCCAGGAUCCCUUCUACAGUGCUCAGCAGGAGCUUAGAUUCUUCCAGCCAAUACCUAGAGAAUGGUAUCAGUCAAGGGACUAUUAGUAGCAAAGCAAGCACUUGAGCUGUUCUGCUUUUGUUCUUCAGAUGUGGACUGCAGCAGUGGCAAGUGAGCUCCGAAUCAGCUGAACCUGAAUCACUGAACAUUGAAGCCACAGAAGAAUUUGUUCUCUCUGUUCCAAAUCCCCAAUCCCAGAGUUAUUUCACAUCCUUGUAAAUAAUUACCAGAUUUGGGGUGAGGGGAACUGGAAGAGGUAAAACAGAAUAUAAGACAAAGAAUGAGUUUAUAAAUCCAGAAGCACAAUACAAACAACAUGUAUGGAACUCCUGUUCCUCAAAGCCCUGGUUCUCAGCAAGGUAGUAAAGCUAUGUGUGGGCUGUGCCAUUUCAAACUCUGAAAUAGGCUGACAUGAUUGAAUAUUUCUCUGUAUAGAAUCUGAUCCCAGCACAUAGAAACUAGGGUGUCAUGGAAAAGAGUCAGGUAGCCCAAUCCACAGUCUAAGGCAGCAGGAGGAUAAUGCUGCUGCCACACCGCCCUGGCACCUCCAGAAAACUUUUGGGGAGAGGGGGCAGGGGGGCAGAAAAUACAAAAAACCCCAAAUCCUUCUGCCAGAAAGUCCUCUAUAGGGCUAAAUGGAGGGUGGUGUAAGUCCAAGCCCCACAGCCCCGCACAAACUCCUGGGAUUCACCCUCCAUCCAUAGGAUUGCACUGCAAAUCACUCUUCUCCCAGAAAUGCACUCUCUAUGUGGAAGGGAUUUCUUUUGCUUUGGAAGAAUACUCAACCAGGACACCAUCCACCUAAGUAUGAAAUGGUACAGUCCCCGCACAGGUUUACUACCUUGGCAUUAGAGCUGCAUUCUGAUUAGAAUCAUACCUGUUUGGAAGUAUGCCCCAUCUUGUUCACUGGGACUUGCUUCCACGAUACCUCUGAAUGUAGUGAGAAUGGUUUCUGAUUGCGUAGAGGAGUCCUCUGUGAAUGCUGUUCAAGGAAACAUGUUAAUAAAGAUUUUCCAAGGUUGAUAAAGAUUUUCCAAAGAUUUUAAAAGAUUUAAAUCUUUUUAAAAAAACAAAAUCAGUAUAAUGAUUUUUAAGCAUGCCACCUUCCCUUCCAAAGCAGAUAGCUGAAUGUAUUUCUAAAAUACAUAUAAGCAUGCAACAGCCAUUCAUUUGGCCUCCUGGUAACAGUGGUUAUACAACUGCUGUGGCUUAUUAAUGGGGACCCCACUUUUACUUGGAAAGGAAGAAGCAAGCCCUUCCUGCCAUGUGAGCUAAAGAAGUCCCUGUGUGGGUUGAUGGUAGCAUUUUGAAGCCUCUCUCUUGUCUUAACAACCACUAUAAAACUUCCUGCAUGCUUUAUUAUGCAAGAACAUCAGAAGCUUGGUUAUUAAAUUGAGUUUCCACUCAUUGGCUUUUUAGUAGAUUUUAUGAUCAAAAUGAUUGGAAAAGCACCAACAGGGUUAUUAUCUGUGUACUUGAUAGAAAUCCUUCCAUUUGAGUACUGGAACUCUGAAAAGACUUCCGCAAAGCAGUGGGAUUGUACAUAAUGUUACUGCAUUUUUAGAAAAAUCCUGAUCAAUAUGCACAGAAUAAUUUUCACACUGUACUUUUAAGUGGUUUCAUCACCUGUGAACUGUGAGAGAUCAUGGGUAUAUUUAAUGUGAUGGUCUGAGGUUUUUAAAUAAAUGCUUUGUAUUCUGAAUUUUGGGUACUUUGUUUGGAGACCAUCUUGAGUACUGGGAUGCGUUUAAAAGUGGUCUUCAGAUUCUUGUUCAGAACGGUUUCAGAUAAACAGAUGAAGAUUUUCCGCUUCCCUAAACGCAUAGAAAUACCAUUGUUUAUGUGCAUGAACUAAUUUAUUCAAAUGCGUGUACAUUUUAAAUUAUGCAUUUCCUAGUACUGAGAGCUAGUAAAGUACUAUGCCA